AUGGCACUGUGGGAGGUGGUCAGUGAGGAUGAAGCGGGUGAAGCCCACUCGAUAACCCCUCCCCUCUCUCCCUCUCCCCCUUUCUCCCUCUCCCAUUCUGUGCCUGCGUCUCUCUGCCUCUCUCCAUCGCCACCACAGCUCUGUGAGCUACUUUGCGCACGGCCAGUCACACACACCGAGCAUUGCAUCGACUCCAAGAUGGCGAAAGCACGUCUGACUUGCCUCCUGGCUCUCCUCACAACUCACUGCGUCCUCACUGUGUUAGCGGUGGAGCUAAAGACAGACAAUGCCUCACCGUGGACCAAUGAGUUUGACAAAAUCGAGUUAUCGUGUGUGAUUGAGUCCAUCUCUACAUUGAGGCCCAGAGUGGAAUGGAAGAAGAUUACAGUCGGUGGACCAAGUUAUGUGUUCUUUGACAACAAAAUCAUGGGCGAUCUCGAGAACCGAGCGAUAUUCAGAGAACCCGCCUCGCUACUGAUACUCAACGCCACGAGAUCGGACACCGCGAAGUACCGCUGCGAGGUCACUGCCGUUAAUGACCAGAAGUCAUUUGAUGAGACUGUGAUCGAUCUCGUUGUAAGAGUGAAGCCCGUGGUGCCGAAAUGCUUUGUCCCCAAAUCGGUGCCGUUUGGGAAACCGGCUGAGCUGAGCUGCGUGGAGAAGGAGGGUUUCCCCGACUCUCAGUACCAGUGGUUCAAGAACAAGGAGGAGAUUCCCGACGACCCAAAGAGCAGCCUGAAGUUCUUCAACUCCUCGUACAUUCUCAACGCGGAAAAGGGAACUCUGAAGUUCACUGCGGUCAGGAAAGAAGAUGCAGGAGAGUACUUUUGUCGAGCGAAGAACGACGCGGGACAAGCUGAGUGUCUACCCCAGAAAAUGGAAGUGUUUGAUCUGGACUUGGUGGGGAUUUUGCUGGGAGUGCUGGUGGUGGUUGUCGUGCUCCUGUGUAUAACAGUGGGCAUCUGCUGUGCGUACAAGAAAGGCUACUUCUCCAGUCAAAAACAGACAGGAAACAAUUACAAAGUUCCAGCCAGAGGAGAUGGAGUGGACUACGUCAGGACGGAAGACGAGGGGGAUUUCCGACACAAGUCGUCAUUUGUGAUCUGAGGUGGGAGAGGAUGAAGAGGGGGGCACUGUGCUGAGUGAGAGACGGGACACGUGGGAGCGCGCUCCACACUGUCUGACCACGGAGCCGCCAACAGUCCACGCUCUCAGCGCGCAGCGCGACCGAAAGCCCAGCGACUCGAGUUUGCCAAAGGUGACAAGACCUCACAGAACAACAUGUACAGCUAUUGCACGCGUAGGGACUGGGUUGAGUUUGUCAACUCUCAUCACCACCAGCUGAAUUGUUUUGCUACAUUACGGAGCUCUAGACAGUAACUGCAUGGUUUUUCAACACCGAUGUAAGCGGAGGACAAAGAGGCAUAUCUCUCUCUCUCUCCCUCUCUCUCUCUCUCUCCCUCGCUCCUCUAAAGUCACUCUAUCCAUGACGUGUUUCUACUGUAAAACUUUUCGCUUCAAAAACUCUUUGUCAUUUGUAUAACGUUUCUUUUUCUACUGUUGAAAUUUGUCAGACUAUUUUUGAUGGAAUAUAUUUUAAAAUGCCUAUAGAUAAAGGUUUACUUUUUUAAAUAUUUGUAAAAUACUAACAUGUGUUCUUCUUUUUUUUAUGAUUAUUAUUAUUAUUAUUAUUAUUAUUACUAUUAUUUGAUUGUGGAUUGAAGAAAAAAAAGAGAAAAAAAGUGUCGUACUUUAACCACUUUGCGUCCAGCAUUUACACGUUUGCAGUCUGAACAAAAAGAAAGAGGAAAAAAAAAAAAGACUUGUGUUAGCAUAUCAUGACGUGAUCGGCAGUCUUAUUAUGUAAUGUCUCAACCGGGGCGAGGGGGACGGGGGGAGCGCCCGGUUAGUGUCGCGAUAGACCUCCAUGUGGGUGUUUGUAGAUAGUCUUAGUAAGAGGUUUUGAAGAGUGCCAGUCAAAUGCUGUGAAACACUGUCCACAAUCAGUGCUGCGUCUUCUUCGUUUUAAGUGUCCUUCUAUGCUUGUUGUCGGUCUUGUAUAUAUUGAACCUGCUGUCCGAGAUAUAUAGUUUUGCUAUCACACAUUUAUGUUCAGUAUUUCAACUAUAAUAAUAAUAAUAAUGAUUAAAAGAUAAUAAUAACAAUAAUUAUAAUAAUACAGGGUUUGCGAGUUAACCUUCCAGAUCCAGAACAAACAAACAAACAUUGGAGCUACAACCAAACUACUCACAUCUACUGCGGUCAACAUUAACCCGGACAUUUUAAUCCCACUAAAUUGGAAGCGUUUGGAAACACUGCUGGCUCAGUUUUGCUUUUUAAAAAAAAGAGAUGCUUGGAAGCGCAAUGAAUUACCCACAUUUGCUCCCUGAUCUUCACUUUUUAUUUAUUAUAUUUAUGAGUUUUUUUAUCAAAAGUGCUGUUAACACUCAGUCUAAUGAAACUAACCUGUUCUCUUUUAUUUGUUCUGAAACAAAACAACUGCAGAGAGGAAAAUCUAAGAGCUGUUAGCGUGUUUAUCGUGGUAUGGACCGUUCACACGGAGACACAAACCAGAGCGAGUCUUUUAAUACUCGACCCAAAGAAGUAGAUUAAAUUGUUUUCUGUUAACUCCAAAGGAUGCACCCAGUUGUUUUUCUCUCCUUUUCCUCCAUAUUAUGUUCAAACAACAAAGCUGGAGUGAGAGAGAAAAACAACUGCAACAGCAACUCCAGUCACCUAAGCAGCUCCCAUGUUUUGGAUGCUCCCAUGUUUUGGAUUCUUUGCUUACACGCAUCAUUUUUCCAGGAUUUUUUUAGACGCUGCGUGUGAACGGCUCCUCACUGUGACAUGUCAUCAGCGCCGGGAUUAUUUAAAAACUAUAAUUUAAGGUGCCAACCACAGCAGGAGACACACAGAGGAGACUCUCUCUCUCUCUCUCUCCUCUGACCUGAAUCCUUUAUGAAUUAUUUUCUGAUGCCUCAUGUGUCUAACUCAUGCUUAAUUAGAGCAGAGCUGGGGUCUGGAGGGUUAACAGUGUUUCUGAUUGUACAUAGAUUAUUCUUUCUCUCUUUCUCUCUUUCAAGAUUAUGUAAAGUGGUGAACAUGUAAAAAAAAAAAAAAAAAAUACUAUUGGAGGCGAUAUGAAACUCUUACCAUUUGUAAUACUGAAAAAACGUAACAUUUUUAUCAUCAUUCGUAACAACAAAGCCACCAGCUGUAAUCUACAACCAGAUUUUAUUAUUCCAGAGAGUUUAAGACAGCUCUCAAAUUCUUAUUGAAACAAUUGAAUUAACUAAAACAUGACUUUUAACUAUUAUGGUUCGUGGCUAAGGAUCAAAGCUCAGUCUCAAACCUACAGAUUCUGCACAUUAACACGGAGAAACCGUUUAUAGCAGAGGGCUCAAACUCAAAUUUAAGCACCAUUUAUCAAAACAAACACUUUUAUUUUGAAUUUUGGUGAAAGACCAUCAGAAAUAUUGUUAUUUCGGUAUAUUUUUCUCCAAAAGUUGGGACGAACUAGACACUCGGUGGUAGUUUGUGGUAUUGUUUACUUUUACUGGCCUUUUCUUUUCAAGCAGCUGGUGUGACAGUUAAAUGGUAAAAUGUAAACCGAGUAUCAGUCGUGGUAGAGACGAUCAGCCCGACGUUUGCACAUAGUAGCUCAUCCUUCUAUUUUUUUCAUUCUCCUUAACAUGUUCAAUCAACCAAGAGAUGAAAAAAAAAGUACCAUUAAACAAAUAAACCCAGUUAAUGACCUUUAUUCCUUCUUAAGUGCUUUUAAAGCAGCAGCAGCAGUCGUUUGGCCGUGCUCUCUGAGAGGAAUGAUGUCACCACAAAUCUCCACUUUUUGCUUCUUUACAUAUCUGCAAAUUUGUACAUAGUGUUGUUGUUGUUUUUUUUCCAUAGAUUUGAAGGCGCAGACAUGUUCUAAACCAGUAGAUAUAGAAAUAUAUUAGUGCCUAAUAAUAUAGUGUGAAUUAUUUUUGGUAAAGAUAUAGAAUAUGGUACUAAAAUAUUAGGCUUAAAAAAGGAAAGGAGGGUGGUGGAAAAUAAAGCCUUUCCAUUUAUAAUGAUCAUUCAGUUAUGGCUGGAUGCUGAUAGUGAUUCUAAUAUUUGCGUCACACUGUGCGCUGGUGUUAAAGGGCACGUUGGCCUCUACGUCAGCGCUCGCCGCUCAUCCUGUAAACAAAAAAGGUGAUUAUUCUGAACGGCACUCUGUGAAGUAGAAUGUUUCUUUACGGCUUGUUGUUUUUCUUUUCUUUUGUUUCUUUUUUUUUUAUUUUAAUUACUCAAUUUGUGAUUAAUAAACUCACUUCCUAUGUUA